CCUCCCUAUCUUGCUUAAGUGCCACCAAACUACUGCAUCGUACUUCGGGCUCUCCCCUGUCAGGAGACAGAAUACACCAGGGAGGAAGGAGACCACCAAAAAAAAGGGAGCCAGCACGGAACCACUCGCUUGGGUCGGAUGUUUUGCCGGGUGGUGAAUAUGAACCGUGCGUGCCGACUGUCAACUGAGGCCAGUGCCAAAAUUUAGAACAGGAAGGCAGACAGACAGACAGACAGGCAAUCAGUGACUGGGAUGUUUCAUGACUGGGGAUAUAUUAAUAUGUAGUAUACCCUCUUAGUCCCUUUUCUCCUGAUUGUCUUGUCUUUUGUAAACAGAUCCACAGGUCCACUCCUUUCCACCACCCUCUCUUGCAACUUCAGUCAGUCAGUCAGUCAGUCAGUCAUGGCAGGCGACGACUUCGCCGUCGAGGCGUUCACUCUCUUAGCCAUCGCCAUCGUCACUAUAGCCAUUCGCAUCGUUGCACGAUGGUUCACCGCCGGCUGGAAGAACUUUAUGCUCGAUGAUUAUUUGAUGCCGUUGGCGGGGGUAGUAUACGGUCUCGAAACAGGCGCCGCCUACUGCGUCAGCGCAUGGUGGAAAGGUCUCGCCAACAAUGCCAUGACGGACGCUGAGCGCGCUGCGCUCUCUCCUACUUCAGAGGAGUACCAUUUGCGGGUUGGGGGGUCCAAAACGCAGGUACUGGGGUGGUCGCUGUAUACCACGUUGCUGUGGCUGCUGAAGUCAUGCAUGGCGGUGUUUUAUUCUCGAUUGACGGCCGGCCUCAUCAACAUGCACAUUCGCAUCCGCAUCGCAUACUUCCUCAUCGGAGCCACUUACAUCGCCGUCAUCGUCAGCAUCCUCGCAGGAUGCCACCCUAUCCAGAAGAACUGGCAGAUCAACCCCAACCCGGGGAACUACUGCCAGCCGGCUGUCUCACACAUCGACGUCUAUGUGACGGUGGUGUUGAACGUCUUUACAGACGUGUACUUGAUUUCCAUCCCGACCCCUAUCUUGUUUAAAGCUCGUCUUCCCUGGCGUGAGAAACUCGAACUCCUUAUCCUCUUCAGCGGGGGUACCUUUGUCAUGGCUUGUGGUAUCCUUCGUUGCGUACUGAUCGUCACCGCUGGUGCCAACGGCGCCUCUCAAGCCGGCAGCUGGGCCUGCCGCGAGACCUUCGUAGCGGUAAUAAUCGGCAACGCGCCGAUGAUCUACCCGAUGUGUCGCAGACUGGCCAUGCGAGCAGGGUGGUACAUGUCGACCAAGGGGACGAAGGGCAGUUCGCAGAGUUAUCCCUUAUCGGAUGGAGCGGCGCAUUCGGGCACGGAUAAUAGUAAGAAUAAGAGACGCAAGUUCAAGCAUCCGCUGUCAUUGCCGGAUACGCAGUGGAAUACGGUUAGUGAUGAGCAGAUGAUGCUCCCGCCGGGGGAGUGGGAGGUUAGUCAUGCUGCAAGGGAUGGGGAUGGGAGUGCAGUUGUUCCUGGGAAUGGAGGGGUGUAUGAUGGGGGGUGGAAGGGGGGGAGGGAGACGGUCGUUUCGACGGCGUAA